AUGUCUGCCAAGGAACCCACCCGACAACAACUAUCCUCUCGUUUACAUUACCAAUCCCAUGUUCCUGCAUUCUUGCAAAAAUUUCAGAAUAAAGUUCAAGGCAUAAGGGACGAAGAUGAGGAUGAGCCACAAUACUAUGAUGAUGGUUCGGGACGUCCACCAAUACCUGUUCGUACUGCGAUACCCGAACGACCCGAUGAUGAUCCUGGAAGUGCAGACGAAGACGACAUUGAUGAAAGACCUCAAGUGGUUGUGCUGAAAGAAGGCAAACAUCUUACAGAGAGGGAAGCAGAGAAUGAGAGGCGGAAAGAGAAAGGAUUGCCACCACUCCCUGAUCCCAACAAGAAAGUUGAAAACGAUGCCAAAGAUGACACGAAAUCAGACGUGAAUUCUUCGAGGAAGAAACAAAAAGAGGCUGCUGUCACCCUGUCGUUUUCCUCUUCAGGCACGAAGGCCCAACGAUCCAACAAGCUCAAGCGAAAGGUUGUCGGAGAUUCGGAU